CUAAUCGAUUAGAAUUCGAUUGCUCUCAUUCUGCAAAAACCUAAUCGAUUAAAUAUGUUGUAUUAAUCGAUUAUUAGUUGAUUUUGUUUAAUAAAAUCAUCCCGUCUUCAUCUUCUUCGCCAAAUCCUUUUACAGUUGCAGAGCAUCUAGAAACCCUAGCUCUCACUUCUCCGAUUUUAUCAACUAAUUCUUUAUCAAUCUCUUCCAUUUUUUUCAAAUUUCAUCAAUUUCGAAGAGGAAAGAUGCCAAGGUGCAAGAACCCUUCCUCUCGUCAAGAAUAUGCGGCGGAAGAAGGAGAGCGUCAAUGGCGUCGUGAAGGGAGCAAAUACAUUUACGUCCAAACCAGUCUCGCCUUCAACACUAGAGCUUCAGUGGAAAGGUUCCACAACACCUUUCUGACGAAGGAGAUCAUCCCACCGAAGAUUGUGGACAAGGACCUCUUCAAAUCGGUGACCUAUGCCCCGAGCAAGUCCCUUUUCUCUCAGCAAGGUUUGCUCCGUUUUAUUCAUUUGACUUUUGUCAUCCCUAUCAUGCAUAUCCUUGCUCACUGCAAAGUGGACCUUACUCGGGACAUUCGGGUGCCGGUGAAGAAGACUUGCUUCAUCAAGGACACCAAGUUUUCCCGGAUCGUGUACCGUGAGGAGGGCAAUGCUGCACCUAAUCUGGACCUCGUAGUCGCAGACGAAGAAGAGAGCCAAAACGAGACUCAAGUCGAGUCAUCUCGUGCCGGAGGAAGUCGAACCACGGAGUGCGUCACUCGUCAACGCAGGACUCGUCCGAGAGAAGAAGCACCGGAACCAUUUUGGGUGAAGAGGAUCUUCGAUACUCUCACAUGCAUUCGAGAUGACGUUCGCCAGCUCAACGAGAGAAUAACUCGUUUCAAGCAAUCCCGCUCCUUCCGUGGCCCGCGUCAUAGCUUUAGCGGAGGAGCUCGUCCGGCGCAUUCUCUUUGAUCUUGUGUCGUUGAUUUUGCUAUGACUCAUUAUGAUACAUUAUUAAAUGCUAUUGUUAUUUUGCCUCAUUUGGUGGAUGUUGAUGUUACGUUGGAUGAUGCUAGUUAUCGUUAUUAAUUGAUUAUUGAUGAUGUUAAUUAUGCAUUGAUAUGUUUGUUGGCCUUCACUAACCUGUCAAACUUAACGGAUUUUGACAAUCCGAAUACAACUCGAGAACUUGAUUUCACAAGCCUCUUAUCUUACCACCAAAGUUUUGAUUUCACAAAACUCGGGAUUUCUUCCACCUAACGUUUGAUUUCACAAACCGUUAGGAUUUCUACCACUUGGUGUAAUCCCAACACCAAGAAUACAAAUCCCUUACAAUAAAGUAAGAAAACAAACCGCAACCGAGUAAUUCUCCCAACACGGAGUAGAUUGUUGCAAAUACAAUGAAGUCCUUUAGAAUAU